AUGUCUAUCUGGGACUCCCUCUCAGGCCGGAAGAAGACGACCGGAACCGCUGAAUUCGAUCCAAGCUCCGCUACAGAUGUCAGCUCGUUUCUCUCCAGCACUGCCAUCCCUGACCCCUCGGAGCUGCAUCCUCUCGCUGGCCUGAACAAAGACACCCUGGACUACCUGACCCUCGAAGACUCGGCGUUGAGUGACCUCCCUGGCUCCCAAUCUGCUCUGCCAUCGAGAGGGUGGUCUGAUGAUCUCAGCUACGGUACUGGAACAACAUAUCUCAUUGCCCUUACGACAGGAGGUGCCUGGGGCCUCAUUGAAGGAUUGAAGAGAUCGCCAGUUUCCGCUUCACCGAAGCUGCGUCUUAACAGCGUGCUUAACUCGGUGACCCGGCGAGGCCCGUUCUUGGGUAACUCUGCAGGCGUUGUUGCAUUGGUAUAUAACGGUGUGAACUCGACAAUCGGCCAUGUGAGAGGAAAGCAUGAUGCGGCGAACAGCAUUGUUGCCGGAGCUUUGAGCGGCAUGCUUUUCAAGAGCACCAGGGGGGUUCGACCGAUGAUGAUUUCUGGAGCCAUUGUAGCUAGCAUUGCUGGUGCCUGGACUUUAUCUCGACGUGUCUUCUUUUCCUAA